GGACAUCUUGAAUCUUGAAAUUUUGAAACUUAAAAGUCUGCGUGUAAAUGUAUGUUAAUUAAUGCAAUACCCUCAGAGCGUUUCUGCCGUUUCUAUCAUUCGUUCUUCCAGCAGGUAUCUCUUCGGCGUUCUGAAGCGAACCCGCCUUCGGUGCCAACUACAGUUGGGCGACAUGCACUUGAGCUCUGCAUAUUCGAACGUGUAGGGAAUAUCAAAGCUUAGUUUCCCAUAACCAACGGAACCAAGAUCACUAUAGGCGUGUCACAAUGCACUUGGCAUCCUCAGAGCCGUACCAAAACAAGCCCCUGGGGUCUUCAUACUCCUCUGCCCCGGAUACGGAUCUUGGAAGCGCUAACGUCCCAGCGAUGCCCUACGAUGUUAUCUCGGCUAUCCUGCAGCAUCUGCAAGGUGACAAGCAUACCUUGUCGUCUUGUGCCCUCGUCAGUUCUCUGUGGCUCGAUGCUGCAUGGCCACAUAUGUAUCGCACCAUCAGCCUUCUAUUUACGGCAGAAUUGGAUGAACUUGAACAAUGGUUAAAAAAUAUACCCGGGAUCACUUGGUGGUUGCAGAACCUGAUUCUCACUCUAUCGACAGGAGCGAUUGUUCAAUACAGUCUUUCCUCUCUGCUCUGCAAACUUGCAUCUUUACGUGUCCUCUCCUGCAGGGGAAUUUUGCCUUUCGCUUCCGUCCGUCCCGGUUCGGGAAUCCCUGAGUUCCAUCCAAUAUGACUACCAGCUCUUUCCAUCCUCGUGAUUCAGUAUCGUGGAUACACUGUGACACCCACAUUUAUCUGCUCCCUCCUCCAAUAUUUUCCUUGUCUAACCCAUUUUGGAAUAGGUGGAGUAUUUCUCGGAAGUAGACCCAGUGACAAGUUCCCUUCGGCAUCAUUGAAGCUCACCUCGCUCUGCUUCGGUCACAUGGAGGGCGACCCAUUUCCUUUAUUCCGUUGUAUUCUGUCGUCUUCUCCAACCUCUUUGAAUGUCGACUUCGCUCCUGAACUCUUCUCUGAUCAACUCUUGCGAGCUUAUCAGUUAUGGCUUCAAAAGCGGCGCAAAUGCCAUGCGGAGGUCGCAUUCCUAGACAAAAGAUCCACAUAUGGAUGGUUGUCUCAGUCGCGUGUCUAUCAUCCGGACCAAUAUCCACCUUACUUUUGCGCACAACACGAUCAAUCAUCAGGGAAAUACAUGGCCCAAUUAGUGUUUUCCCGCCUCUACUGUGCCUAUCGUCAUCUCUCUCAAAUGGAAUCCCCCGAACUAGUCGAAAGCGUGGUCAUCGAGCUCUUCACUACAUUGUCAAAUAAAGAUAUGUGGUCACAAGUUGAUGAACACUUUGCUGUUGAAGAACGCUAUCCUCGAUUACGCCAGGUCAUUAUCCGUCCACAGGCGCAUGAGCAUUUCGAAAGACAACAUGCACAGAUAUUUGCUGACCUAUUCAAGAGUUGCGCCCGCCGUAAGGUACUGCAGAUUCACUGGGGAGUCGCGAUGGAAAAUGUGUACCCACCAUUACCUGAUGAUGCGGGGCGUGAAAGCAAGGAGAGAAGUACGGAGUUACAUUCAAACCAUGCUUGAUUGAGAUAUUUCUAGUAGUACUUAUGCAACCCUAGCCCGCCGUGAUUAGCAGCAUCCGGUUGUAAUUCGUCUGGUUUGCACUGUAUCUUCAUCCCAUCAUCUACAAGACCUCUAGCACUGCACUUCACCAUCGUCUUCUCCAUUUUAGCAUAUGUUCCCUUGUCUCUGCGUUCCGGGAACAUAUAUACCCUCUUCAGCCG